CUCCUUGCCGCUCGCGCCGCCGUCCGACCGUAGCAAAGGCCGUCCAGCCAGGAAUGUACGUCAUGUCCACGGACAGGAUCAUGGCCAGCGCAGCAACUGUGUUGGCGAAGGGCAAGUUUCCCUUGGGGUACACGUCCAACAUGUACGACUUGGAAGCGUCCGGAGGUUCCAAGUACAACUCGGGCCGAUCACCACGUAACAAUCGCCACGUGAGCUCGAUGCCUGCACCUGAGGUGUUUUCGAACCGCGAAGUCGACGAGUUCCACGAUCAAGGCGAGAUUGCAAUGCAUGACUUGUUGGAGUACAACGGCGCGGCAUCGUACCACAAGAUCAGCGACAAGGAUAAGUGCAUCUUGUAUGAAUGCUUGAGCAGCAGCGCGACGACCACAACCGUCGUGGACGAAACGUACUCGGUCAAGGGUGUAGUGACAGUUUGCACCCACCUGUCCGAGGUCAUGGAGCUCCUGAGCGCCAACUCGCAGUAUUUUUCCCGUGUGCUCGCCAAGCUGCUGGGACCGAUCCAUGCUGAAAGUACACCGAUCUUUCCCCAGGACGAGCACGACCCCGACGAGCACGCCCUACUCGUCACAUACCUGGCUUUACAAUCGUCGUCGACCGCCGCCAUGAACAACGACCUGGCUUCCGCCAAUCAAUUCCGUGCCAAGGCAACGUCCGCCCAAAACAUCACGCGAGAGUACUGCUUUCUCCGGUACUGCGGGUACUUCAACAACAACAACGAAGCUGGCCGGAUGGAGCGCGUCCUCCCGUCCGAGCCGCUGCGGCCCGAGUCGAAAGCUGUGUCGAUUUGGGACUCAAUUGCCAACGUCCCGAUCGCGAUCGCGCACCACGUGGGGCCGAUGGGACGACUUGUAAAGACUGGAUUUAUUCUUGAACAAGCCAAGGCACCGAACGCAGUGCGGGUCAAUUUUAUCAUGUCGAUGCAUCCCCAUGGCUUUACCUAUCCUCGGCAAGUUGCGACCGAAAAGCUGAUGUUGCAGCGGAUGGUCCGAACCAUAUUACUAAACGUGUCGGCGGCAGUCAUGGAGCUUCGCCUGCUAAAAGAUCAUUUACUUGGCAAGUCGUCGUGGACGGACAGCCCGAUGUGCACAGUCUGCCUCAAGAACUUUUCGCUCCUUCGUCGCAAGCACCAUUGUCGACUUUGUGGCGACGCAUUCUGCACAACGUGCUCGUUGUCGCGACCUCGCCCCGACCUGGGCGACUCUGUCCGAGUGUGCCAUGCCUGCGUUGAAGGCAACAUAUCUAGUUUGGUGCGGUCCUCCGAGAAGUUGUUUUCCGCGGCGCAACCGUCGCAUCUCUAUCGGCACUCCUCGUUGCAUAGCGGGGGUAGCCUGAAGGGUCGGUCGUCGACUGCCGGAAAAAAAGCAAUUUCGGGAUGGAGCCUCAGCGCGCGGGGUCGGAGUCCCAAAGCCGCCGCGAUUCCUCAGCCGAUUCCUCCAUCGGAUGCAUUCAUGUCGAACGGGACCAUGCAAUUCGACGACAUGCCGCCGUCCAAGAAGGCACCGCAGCUGCAACGUCAGCAGACCCCACAACAGCAGCACCAUCAUCACCACCAUCCAAUGGAGCUUCCGACGGAGGCCGGACGCCGGCCGAAACCCUCCGUGACCACGAUACCACCACCGACCAACCAAAAAGACCGCAAAAAGCCAAAGUCGGUACAGAAUCCACUGCAUCAUCAUCAGUACAGUCCUGAGCAGUACGAACAUUUUCGCCCCGAUGGCCCUCGAUCCGUUCCAUUUCAGCAACAGUCGGCUGCCGAGGCCAACUCCAACGUGUAUCGAAAUGGCGACUACCGAGGUCCUCCCGCGAAUCAUCCUCGCAGCCUCCAUGGGGGGCAAAGUCCCAAGCAGGGUCAGCACACCCCUAUAGACCUGGACGGGGACCGAACGGAAGAAAGCAGCCCUCGAGGGAGGCGAAGUCGACCUGGAAGUGGGCAAGCGCACAGUCCACCACAAGGUGUGUUUAACGACGUCGAGAAUGCCCAACCCACUGCAAGGCAACCUCGACCUUACCAGACUCCAACGGUGGCGUACGGCGGUCAGGUUCAAGCGCCGACGCAGCAUCGUGGCUUUCAAUCCGCUCCCGCUGCCCCAUCGAGUGGCAUGCCGUUUCCGUCGGGGAACGGACCACGACGGUCCGACCAGCCCGUCGACAGUCGCCGUGUGCUUGGGGUCCCCGAACCGGUUGUUCUCGACAAGGAGACGCAUCCAGAAUUGGAUUUUGACCUGCGCCAUCACCACCCGUUUGCUCCAAAUCGAACUACCUCGUUCGACCAUGUCUUGGACGAACCCAACGCAUUUUGUGGCCAGUACCUGUACCAAAGCACUCCAUUCACGUACCCGUUGAAUUUUCACAAUGGCAACCCGUGGCCGGACGCACCGAUGACAGCGUUCGAGGAAGUGCGCAUGGAGCGCGCGCGGGACUUGGACCUUCUCCGACGCCGCGACGACAUCCUCAUGUACGUCCGAAUUGCAGCCAAAACGAUGAACUGCCCCGUGGCAACGCUUUGCAUCGUCGGUGGCCAAGCAGGCCUGCUCAUUGCCAAAGUCGGCGGCGUCACCACCGACACAAUUCCGCGCCAAGUCAUGCUGGAAAGCCAUGCGAUCCUGUCGCGUGACCCAACGGUCGUCCUCGACUGCCUGCACGAUCUCCGGUUUGCCACCAACCCGCUCGUGUGCGAAGGCGACAUCGGGAUCCGGUUCUACGUCGGCAUGCCGCUGUGCACGUCGGACGGGUUAAUUCUCGGCGUCCUCAGUGUCGUGGACACACUGCCACGAGAUCGUGUCCGCGUGUCGGAGCUCGACAGUUUGCGCCAAGUCACAGAUACCAUCAUGCGCCGGUUCGAGCACUUGGCCACGGGGGCGCGGUGGGAACAGGACGCAUUCCAGCGCCAAUGCGAAUUGGACCUUGAGCUCGACUAGAGCCUUACAGGACAGCGAAAACCACCAGGCGAGCACCCGAUCCUGUUGUCGCGAGCAUGCGUCUCCGACAUGUGGACCCCAAUCUACAUCUUUGUGUCGUGUUUUAUUUCGCUUUGCGAGAAUCGUACAGUCCCGACCUCUUCAAGCCUCACAGGGUUCAAGACUCGGGUACACGGCUCACUCCCCAUGGAGCAAUUCCGCCGUGUACUCGACCACAUCCGUCAUGGAUGGCCGGUCGGACGGGUCCAGAUGCAGCAUGUCCUUGAUGAAUUCGAUCAAGUCGAUCGAAUACUCGACUCCUCGGAACCGCACCACGUCGCCUUGGGCUAGAACCCAGCCGUCCGAGUCAGUCGUGCACGAUCAAAAAUGAAACGAGUUGAACGGAGAUGGG